CGUCUGCGGCCAUUCUGGUAACAUUAUUUCAAAUCGAAGAAGUUUGAGAGUGACUCACACUAGCCACUAAUCAGUUAUUCUUCUGUAACAUUUUGGGUAGAAAACUAUAAGGGAUUGAUUUUUAUUUGAUCAGAUCAUUUCAUCAAUGGAUCUAAAGGAUCUAAAAAUGGAGUGUAGGUGUGGGGGUACAGAGUUUGAGGAAUUUAAUGGUUUCUAUUACUGCGUAGAUUGUGGUCAACAAGUUGAAGGCAUGCAAGAAACUGGCUUGGGAGAUGAAGCAGAUGUUUACAAUGGAACGUAUUCGCAAUAUCAUCGUCGUGCCGCCGUCGUUGAACCGGUGCCUCAAACCCAGCAGUCUGAGUUUUGGACACAGCUAACUCAAUCCAAAUCUGAGGAUGUGGAAAUGAAACUCUAUGUGCCUGCUGAUUUUGGUAGUAGUAUCAGUAGUGAGAUUUCGUCGGAGGAUUAUGCAUAUGAGCUCAGGACUACGUAUGUGAUGGGGAUUGAACUUAUGAUAGAGUAUCAGUGUCAGGCUUUGGUUGAAGAGUUUGGCAUUAGCCCUUUGAUUUGUGGCCUGACCGGUGUUAUUUUGCUUCGGUUUGUUGCUGCAUCUCAGGUGUUUGAUGAAAAGUGGGCGAGUCAGAUAGCUGAGGAUUCAGAGAUGCAGAUUGAAGAGGAUGUCAAAGUUAGUCAGCCGCGUAGUGAGGUGAAAAAUGAACCUCGUAAUUUAGCUGGAAAAAGACUACUGAUUAUUUGGUUGAAAUCGUUGAGACGGACGUUUCCGCUAUCUUUAUCGUUAUCGAUUUGUUAUCUGGCUUGUCAUAUCGCCAGGGAGCCAAUCUUGCCAACUGAUUUGGUAAUGUGGGCACAUGAUGGAAAGCUUCCGUUCCUGAAUGCUUUUGAUAGGAUUGGCAAAGUGUUCGGAAAUCCAUCAGCAAAAUGCCCGUUAAGUACAGAUUUGAUGUUUAGGCCUGUUAAGAUUAUUGGUUGGAGAGAGUUAGAGUCACAAGCAGGAUAUAUUGCUGAGUGCAUUGGUUUGGAACUUCCUCCUGUGAAUUUCAAUGCUUUAGCUCGUCGUUAUCUUAAGCAGCUCCAACUUCCCCAGGAAGAGAUUCUUCAGAAGGCGUCUAUGAUUUAUGAUUGGUCAAUGCCUCCUGAUUUGUGGCUGUCAUCUAGUCGUGAUAGGAUUCCAUCUCGUGUUUGCGUUAUGUCAAUUAUAGUGGUAGCUAUAAGGAUUAUGUACAAUAUAAAUGGCUAUGGAAAGUGGGAACAGAAGUAUUGCAGUACUCCUAUAUCGCCUCGAAAGAGAAAGCGAAGGGGUAAAGUUAACCCUGAGACAAAAAAGAAAACAGUUCUGGGUUCAUCUUAUUUUCUGAACUGUAAGUUAGAUGCUGCAGAACUUCUUGGAAGUCUUGAACUGACGUAUGAGAAAAUUCGCAGAGCGCAAGAAACAGGAAACUUAUCAUCAUAUCUCAAAUUGUGUAAGGAUGUUGUCUUUGGAGCUCCAUCAGAUAAUAAAGAGAAGAUUAUAGUUGAUAACUUAUGGGAACCUUUCGAGAAAGGCUGCACCAGUAACAGCACCGCAGGAGAACCAAUGCCUACUCAGGAUGAUGUUUCUGUAGAGUCCGUUGAAAAUAGAUCCUUAAACUGGCUGAAAUCGAACAUGAAGGAAAAUGGGUUCUAUUACAUUCCUCCAAGACAUCCUGGUACUGUCAAAAAUGUUAAUUAUCUGCACUAUGAGACGAAGAAGAACGCCGGCGGGACAAGAAUUUUUGCAGCUCAUGCAGACUACUAUAUACUUCUUCGAGUUUGUGCUCUUGUUGCUGAAGCUGAUAUUCAGUAUAUGUACAAGGCUACAUCGAAGUUUGAGAAGCGGCUUGCGUGGUUAGAGAAAAAUAUUGAUCGAACAUUGAAACCUUCUUCUGUGCCUAAUCUAGGUGUAUUAUCGCUAGAAGAUAAUGAUGAGGCCCUUGAGCUUUCGGAAGACAAGCCUAAUUUAGUUGAGGACUCACCACCAUACAUGGAUAUGGAUGAUUCCCUCGACUUCUCAAAUUACAAGUUUGGACUUUAGUAUGUGCUUAUAUCAAGUGACAUGGGCUAUGUUUUUAUCGGAUAAUUCAUUAGUUCAUGUGUUCUAGUUUUAUGUUUGUUAUCAGUGAAAUGUUUGUUCUAAUGAUAGUGAUGGAUUAUGAAUGAAGUCAUAAUUUUUUUAACAG